ACCUGAAACAAACAGCAAAAUGCCAGCAGAACCAGCAAAGGCCGGUAAGAAGGGCUCCAAGAAAGCCGUUGUCAAAGCUACCAAACCCAAGAAGGGAAGGCGUAAGACGAGGAGGGAGAGCUACUCCAUCUACGUGUACAAGGUACUCAAACAGGUCCACCCCGACACCGGAAUCUCAUCCAAGGCUAUGAGCAUCAUGAACUCCUUCGUCACCGACAUCUUCGAGCGUAUCGCCGGCGAGGCUUCACGUCUGGCGCUCUACAACAAGCGCUCCACCAUCUCCUCCAGGGAGAUCCAGACAGCUGUCCGCCUGCUCCUCCCCGGAGAGCUGGCUAAACACGCUGUGUCUGAGGGAACCAAGGCUGUGACCAAGUACACCAGCUCCAAGUAAAGUGCUUGUAGUCAUCACAAGCUCAUCAAACGGCCCUUUUCAGGGCCACUACAAAUAUCUAAUGGGUGCAAUUUCUUAGAUUAUUUAAUUUCUAUUAUGCAAUCAAGUCAAGGUUGUAAACAUGCUCAGUUAGUGGGAUUUUAUGCUUGAGCUUUUGACUAGAUUUAGUAACUGCAUUUAAAUACUGUAAAGUCGUUAACUCCAGUAUCACUAGAAUUAGCACGAGCUUCCGUAAUAUAGUGGUUGGUACGCAUAUAGCAUACGUCACGGCGCGAUGAUCGGCGCCCUAACGGAAUCUUUCUUAAAUAAAUUACAAUGAGGAAAAAAAUGCAUGUUAUAAAUAAAACUGUUUAAUUUGGGUUUAUUGCCCUGAUAC